AUUCCAAAUUAUAGUAGACAGAUUCUACCAGAUGAAUGGUAUCAAAGAAUUAAUCAAAUAUUAACUUUACCAUCAAUUAUGGCGGGUGCCUUUAAUAAUGCACUUCGAGCAGAUAUUUUAAAAA